UUUUGCGGUCCAAGUCCUAUAAAAGGGGUUGUUUCUUCACAGAAAUCGUCUUUGGGCGCACCUUUGCGACGCAAGGAAGUUCAGAGCUAUUUCAAGGUAAAUUCCGCAGAAGAGCCAAGAUGUUUGGCGGGAAAAAGUCUACCCCAGUCAUCCUUCUCGUGAUUCUACUUCUUCAGGAUGCGCACAAGUGUUCUGCGCAGCGACCGAUACCCAGCGGCGUCACUUUCCUGGGUAUCGGGUAUAACAUCAUCGAGGGGAACCCUGAGGGGGGCGACAUGGCCACCGGGGGCGUCGACCCCGGACUCCUGGUGAGUCGGUCGGUCUUCGUCAUGACGUACGACGAGGGUAAGAUCACUAACGAUGGAAAGUACCAGAUCCCAGACGAAGUUAACUAUGUACUUCGGGACGCCGCCUAUACCUCAUCUUCAGCGACAACCUUUCAUGGUACUUCCAGUUAUGCCGAGAAGCUUUCAUCUCAGGUGGAUGUUGGUGGUGGAUAUAGCAACUUGUUUGCUAGUGUUGAAUUCGCCGCAAGCUCCCGUUAUCAACAAAUUGAAGCGCGAACGGACAGCGAGGGUUACAUCUACUACGCGAACCAAACCGUAUCAAACAUGGGAAACGCUCGUUACUUGACGGAGCUUGCAGGUCCUGACAAAUACACCCUCAACAAUGGAUUCGUUUCAACCGCAUGUAGUCUACCAACGGCUUACGCUGAGGAUGACUACAUGACUUUCCUCGAUACCUGGGGAACUCAUGUCGUCACCGAGGUGGAUCUAGGAACCAGGGAGGGUUCGAACUAUGAGGAGCACAGGACGGACUUCGUCUCGUAUGCUUCAACAAAUGUCGGCGGUAGUGUCAGUUCUGGAGGGUCAUAUAUGGGCUUCAGUUCCUCGCUUUCGGUUGAUAUGGAUACCUUCAAUGCCGGCAUGCAGAGUGGCUCCAGUUUCGGUAGCCUCUACUCCUCCUACAGGGUUGGAAGCGCUAGCCUCAAUGAGCCAAUCAGCUUGAUACUCGUCGACAUGCAUGAGAUAUUUGGUGAGGAUUACUGGACCCGGAUGCAGGAUUACAUCGAUUCUGAGCACUGCACGGCAUCAUGGGAUAGGGCGGCGGCUGCAGAGAAUGUCUUGACGGCUAUGAAGGGCUAUGCGGAGUGGAAAGAGAUUCAGGACAGCAAGAACCCGAACGUGAUGAUUCCACUGACCUGGCCCGAUGGCAUGUACGGACUAACCCAACCCGACGAUGGUUGUCCCAACACGGAGUUCACCUGGAACGAGGGAUCUAGAUACCAAGAUACAGAGGAUAAGGACGGUGAAAACGGCUGGAGCGAUCCUAUUCACAUGUCAGGGCAUUAUGCCAGUAACAUGCAGAUGAACUUCUGUAUCAAGACCGUCUCGAAUGUUGAUGAGCGAUCGAAGUGGACCUGGCAGCCCGGGAGUUACUGCAUCUUCAAGUACGGUGACAGUUGCCCUGCAGCCUUCACCGAAGGUUGGAUUUACUGGGAUGAUGAGGACAAGGACAACAAGAACUCGAAUAGUGGGACCUUGCCGUCUGGACAGUUCGGUGCUAACACCCGAUAUGACUUCUGUUGCCGUAGCGAUGGUGUGACUGACCGGGGCAUCUUCCUACCCACCGAUGAUAACUUCUACCUCUUCUCACAGUUCGAGAAUUGCCAGCAGGUGGACGGGAUGACUGUUUCAAAGGAAUGGUUUUAUUGGGACACUGAAGACAAGAGUAACGACGACGAUAUGUCUUCAGUACACCCUUACCAAGGCGUUUACUCUAACGGUAAAAACGUCAACCUCAACUUCUGCUACUACCAAAAAGAGUGAGGUUAUUUAGCACAUAUUUUGAUUUAACGUCUUCAAUGGAUAACGACCACUAACAGUGACAUAGUUCAAACCAUAGCUGGUAGAGUAGAGUUAUAUAUUUAUCGUACGGGAAGGUGCUAUCGUUCGUAGGUUAAACAAGAAGCUUGUGUUUUGAGAAACGUGAACAAAAUUGUGACUUUUUAAAAUUCUUUGUUAUGCUAUUAUGAAAGGGUGACAUAGAAUAAGUGUAUCCUGUAGAAGAUGUCUCUUCAAAUUAACAUCCUCAUUUUCAACAUAAUGACAAGUAAUACAGCUGAGGUUCUGGAUCACACACAUUUUGUGUGGUCCCAUACACAUUUUUGUGACUUUUAGGAAGACUAAACUGAUUCAUUAUCAUUAUGAUGACUAUUCCGGGCUACAUUAAUGAUUAACCUAGCUCAGUAGGCCUACGCUACAUGGGUCAAACCAUCGGCAGGCCUGUGUCAUCA